AUGACCACCUCAUCCGCUCCCACAAAGGAGCAGCUCGCCCAGUUCGACGCCGAGGACACGCUCAAGUGGACUCGCGACGAGUUUGAGAUUCCCGACGCCAGGGCGUGUGGUGGAGAGGUCGACGGAAAGGCGGUCUACUUGUGCGGCAACUCGCUCGGUCUCCUCUCGAAGCGCGCUAGGAAGCAUGUGCUCGAGGAGCUGGACACUUGGUCUAGGACCGCUGUGACCGGCCACUUCAAGCACGUCUACGACCGCCCAUGGAAGUACGUCGACCGGCCAAUCACCCCUCUGCUCGCCAACAUCCUUGGCGCCAAAGAGUCCGAGGUGGCCCACCACGGCACGCUCACUGGCAACAUGCACAACCUCCUGACGACGUUUUACAAGCCUACCAAGGAGAGGUACCGCAUCGUCAUUGAGAAGGGCUCGUUCCCCACCGACUGGUACGCGAUCCACUCGCACCCGCACCUCCACGACGCGGUGCUGUCGCCGGAGCAGGUUGACAAUGCCGUCAUUGCCCUCGAGCCCCGUGAGGGCGAGGACACGCUCCGCACCGAGGACAUUCUCAACACGCUCGAGCAGCACCGCGACGAGAUUGCCCUGGUCUGGCUGCCCCUGGUCCAGUACUACACCGGCCAGCUGUUUGACGCCCCCGUGCUGUGCAAGAAGACGCACGACAUUGGCGCGCUCUUUGGUCUCGACAUGGCGCACGGCGUCGGCAACGUCGAGGUCAAGCUCGACGACUGGGGAGUCGACCUUGCCGUCUGGUGCACGUACAAGUACCUCAACGCCGGUCCCGGUGCCGUGGGCGGGUUCUUUGUCCGGGACGGCCUGAACGACAACGGCCGCCGCCUGGCCGGUUGGUGGGGUAACAACCCCGACACGCGGUUUGAGAUGAAGCCCGAGUUUGACGCCACCCCGGGAGCCAAGGGAUACCAGCACAGCUGCACCAACGUCCUCGGCUCGAUCCCCUUGCUGGGCACACUGGAAAUCAUCGACAAGGCCGGGUUCAAGGCCAUGCGCGCCAAGGCCGACCGUCUCACAGGCGCGCUCGAGGCCCUGCUCAAGCAGUCCAAGUACUACCUCCCAGCAGACCCCAAGGACAAUGGCGCAACAGUCGGGUUUGGCAUCCUCACCCCCGAGGCACCGUGGCGCGGCACCCAGAUCUCGGUCGCCAUCUACGGCAAGCCGGGCGCCAUGCCCCGCGUCUUUGACCGCAUGCUCAAGCGCGGCGUCGUCGGCGACGAGCGUCUCCCCGUCGUCAUCCGUCUCUCGCCUGUGGUGCUCUACAACACUUUCACCGAGGUUGGAACGGCCGUCGACGUCCUCGAGGAGGCACUGGCCGAGGAGAAGUGA